AAAAGAGAAUAUCGAGAAAAUUAGAAUCUCUGCUUUCCUUUCCUUUCCCCCCUAUUCAUGAUUUCAUUCAUUCAUACAAACUCUCCAUCUUACACUUCCUUUAUCUUGCUAUGGUGGUCCGAUGGCGGGCGACAAAGCUCAUCGUCAAUGAAAGAUGAGUGAUUCUUCAAAAACCCUAACCCUAACCCUAACCCUAAUUGAACUUCCCAAUUAGGGAAUUUUCCAACCGACAACCCGUUCUUCCGCCACUGCUAAAACCCCAUGCCGAGCGACACCGUCAUGAAGCCGUCUGUUCCGUCGCCGAUUCUCGAUCGUUUUCGGUUUCUUCUUAAAGAGAGAGAAGCUGAGUUUAGGGGUUCCGACGACGACGAAGAUGACCUAGUUUGUAUUCCUCCGCCGUCUAUGGAGGAGAUUGUGAGAUUUUACGACGAUGUUUUGUCGGAAUUGACGUUUAAUUCGAAGCCAAUAAUCACAGAUCUUACGAUUAUUGCCGGUGAGCAGAGAGAGCAUGCUGAGGGUAUUGCUGAUGCUAUUUGUGCUAGGGUUUUAGAGGUUCCUGUAGAUCAAAAGAUGCCUUCUUUGUAUUUAUUGGACAGCAUUGUCAAGAAUAUCGGCCGUGAUUAUGCUAGGCACUUCGCUUCUCGAUUGCCAGAGGUGUUUUGUGAAGUUUAUAGACAAGUCCCUCCAAAUUUGUAUUCUUCAAUGCGCCACUUGUUCAGAACCUGGUCGACUGUCUUCCCAUCACCGGUUCUUGGUAUGAUUGAGGAUGAAUUGCAGUUCUCUCCAAGGGCGAACCAACCAUCUUCCAACUUAGCCAGUAUGAGAGCUUCUGAAUCCCCUCGACCCUCUCAUGGCAUACAUGUCAAUCCCAAGUAUCUGGAAAUAAGACGGCAGUUUGAUAAUUCAUCCAUUAAUAAUAAUAUCCAGCCUGGGAGGGGGGCAUCUAAGUCACAUGGUCAGAAACAUUCUAUUGAAUAUGAAGAAUAUGAUUAUUAUCAAGGAGAAGGCACAAACUCCCACCUUGAUGCUCAAAGAUUUAACUCCACUGGGUAUGGUGGCCGUACAUCGUUUCCAUCAUCAACUGACCAGUUGCUUCCUUCAGCAAGUGGUUCAGUGAGGCCCCUAUCACCAUCAGCCGAUGAGUUUUUUAUGUCCAAUUCACCAGGACGGUUAUUUGAAGGUGUAUCUCCAUCUCAUCCAGGACUUAAUUAUGGGCGUAGGAGAGGAAGAGAUGAAGAGAAUGGUGACUGGCAGAAAAGACAACGCUCUGAUGAUUCCUAUCACUAUAGUUUAAACAAUGGUGCUGAACAUGACAGACCAAGGGCUUUAAUUGAUGCUUAUGGCCAGGAUGACGGUCAAAGAUCUUUGAAAAAGAACCCACUUUGUAUGGAUCGUCUAAUUGUAAAUGGUGGAGGCUCAUGGCAAAAUACCGAAGAAGAAGAAUUUGAUUGGGAAGAUAUGAGUCCGACAUUAUUAGCUGAUGGAAAGACCGGCAAUGUCACUACUUCUACUGUGCCAUCCAGAGGCUUCAAAGCUAUACCUGGUGUUGGUUCUCUUGGCUCCAGACCUUUCAAUCCCAAUGGCAGGAAGGCUGUUGAAGAUGGUGGCCAUUUAUCAUCCAACAGACCUGUUUCAAGAAGCGAGAUGAAUCUUUCUCAGGGAGCUUGGAAGUUGCCUGUACCUGUAGCUGGAAGAGAAAAUACUUCUCAGUUGACAUUACCUGUGAAUGGAGUGCCUUCAUCAUCGUCUGACGGAAAGCCUUUAUCAGCAGAUCAUUAUGCUCCAGCACCGAUGCAGCUUGGCAGGAUCUCUAAUUCAGGUUUUAAUUCCUAUGAAGCAAGAGCUCCUUCAUCUGCUGUGGCGCCAGUGUCAACUAGCUCAUGGCCCUCUACAAGUUCGCAUAAUUUUGCGUCUUUACCACCUUUGUAUCUGCAGCAAAAACAGCCUAGAGCUUCCUUUGAUUUUAGAAAUCAAAGUUACAGUAUCCUUAAUCAAGGCAAUCAACAAUUUGACAGUGAUGACAAAAGGAAUCUGAUUCCUCCAAAACCGGGACAAAGGCCUCAGCUUAGCUUCACCCCUCUGCAAUAUCUAACACAGCAACCAGGAUCUUUGCAGCAGCAAUUGCACUUGCCUCCCGAGCCUCGGCAUAAUGCUGUAUCACUCCCACCGCAGACGAUACUGCCAUCUGGUCUUGGAUAUACUCCACUUGGUCAUGGGGUUGCAGCUAGCAAUAUUGUGCGCAAUCCAGUACCUGGUUCUCAUCCUUAUGCACCUUUCCAAAAUGUGUCCAAUGGUUAUAUGCAGUUUCAAUCACCUAUGGCACCACUCCCUUUAGUCCCUCGUCCCCAUUCUCAGUUUCUACCUCUUCCGCAGAGUUCUGGCCCCCUCGCUAACCAAGCACCAACUGCUGCUAUAUCUGGUUUACUCAAUUCUCUUGUUGCUCAAGGUUUAUUUCCAUCGAAUCAGACUCCUGCACAGGAUUCUCUUGGAGUAGAGUUUAACCCUGAUCUUCUUAAAGUGCGGCACGAAUCAGCCAUAAGGGCUUUGUAUGAGGAACUACCCAGACAGUGCACCACCUGUGGCCUUCGGUUCAAAACCCAAGACGAACACAGUAAGCACAUGGAUUGGCAUGUGACUAAGAAUCGAAUUUCAAAGAACCGUAAGCACAACCCUUCUCGAAAGUGGUUUGUCAGUGUGAAUAUGUGGCUCAGUGGUGCCGAAGCAUUGGGGACUGAUUCAGCUCCUGGAUUUUUGCCAACCGAGAGUGUUGUCGAAAAGAAGGACGACGAAGAGAUGGCAGUUCCUGCAGAUGAGGAUCAGAAUAGCUGUGCUUUAUGCGGGGAACCUUUUGAAGAUUUUUACAGUGAUGAAACUGAAGAAUGGAUGUAUAGAGGGGCUGUGUACUUGAAUGCACCUCUUGGGUCUACUGUUGGUAUGGACAGAUCACAGUUGGGCCCUAUUGUGCAUGCAAAAUGUAGAUCUGAUUCUAAUGAUGCUCCAACCUGAAGAACCAAUAAUCAUCUUGCUAUACGGGACUUUGAAGAGGCUAGAAAAACGAAACAAACGGCAGCAUUAUCAAUCAUCAACCUAGUUUGUUUUACUGUAACAUUAAUAUGAGUUUCUUCUUGUUAGUGGUAGGAUCUUACUUUUUUUUACUGCCCCCCCUCAUUCCAAGAUUUUCUACCUUGGUGUUCGAGUGUUGACAUGAUGCCAGAAUAUGUACAUACAGUGGGAGAUAUACAUCCAUAGUCCCUGCAGUUGCAGUAAAUUUCUUUGGCAUACUCUUUUACCCCCCCCCCCUCCCCUCAAAAAAGGUUAUUUUCCCCUUUCUCUUUUUAUUCUCUACAUGUUUUCUUCAUUUAUUCAGGGCUGAAUUAUCAAAACGAUUCGGACAUUUUUCUGCACAUAUUGUUAUCUCGUACGUCAACUGCAGGGAAGGUUCGGCAUCAAUCAGGACUCAUUCAAAUUCAUGCAGAUCAGUGAAAUGGGAGACCUUUUAUUUAUGCAGAAUGUUACUUCAAUAUAUUGUGACUUGUAAUUAAUGUAUUUUAUGUUUUCAUUGAAGCAUUAUAAUAUUACCAAAUGUUACUGUUCUGUUGAAGAUUGAUUACUCUCUUUUCAUUCUGUUUGUAUCAUGAUUAUCAUUUCAGUUUAAUAUCAUUGAAUUAUUUUGCUAUA